AUGAAGGUUGAAGACGUUGACUUGUCGAUCGGGGACACCUUAGAUAGCAGCAACCGCAGCCACGAAUCAUCAAUUGCACUUCGACGAACUCAUCGCAAGAUUGAGACGCGUGUGCUUUUCUCAGAUGUGAUGGCACAAGAACGUGAGAUGGAGCGACUGAACUAUGAAAAACUUCACCACCACCACUCCAUGUCACCAACCCUCACACAGUUGCGCAAGGGUGAAACAGUCAAUUCGUCCGGAAAAUCAUCGAAACAUAAACGUGCUGAAGAGCGACGCAGUAAACGUCAGAAAUUGCGCCGCAUCUUAAGCCCGCACUCUCCAGAUGGAGGACCGCAGUUGCCUCUUCGUGGUGGCGUGUCGCUCGUCAAGCUGGAGGAAAAAUAUGUAAGCUCACAGUCCGAUUACCAUACUUAUCCCCGCAUAGAUGCCAUCCAAGACGCCACGCUACACUCGACUGCGUGGCGCAAUCUUAAGUUUAAUGAGGCACCGGUCAAUCUGCUGCCAGACAGAGACGGAAUUUUAGAGCCUUUUGCAUUAUUUUUUGAUGCCCCAUUAGAUGAAUUUGAUGAUAGACUUAAGGAAAGGUGUGCAUUGUCUGCUGAAUUUUUGAAGCCUAAGCCACUGACGAUGGUUUCCGGAACUCGAGGAGAAGCAAAAGAUGAAUUGCAAGAGGAGGAUUCAGUCAAACGUCUCAUAGAAGAGGCCACUGUAUUGGUCGAAACAUGCCACGCUGCUCGAACCGAUAAGAUUAUCGCGAACGUGCGACAACAAAUUAAGACGUACAUCGAGCAGCGACCAGUAUUUCGAGAAAUGGCGUGCAAACUUGUCGGGUUUCCGUUGCACAUUUCUCGGCUGGAGAAAAUUGCAUCGCAAGUGCUUCUUCGAGAGGCUAAGCUCGCGCCGGAUAAUAGCUAUCAUUUCAACUACUUUAUUACCAUGAGUAAUCGCGGUCUUACUAGACUUAUUUACCCGGCAAUGGUAAAAAUUCUCAGCAAAAUCACACCGAUCCCACGCUCCACAACGUGUAUGCUCUCCAGGGGAACCCAUCGCAUCGAUGAUGAUCCUAUCAUUCGUUUUGUGCCGCACUUCAGCCCCGACAGUGUCAAGGGGCCUCAAACUCCAACCGUUGGAUCUUCUCAUAUUACGCUUGCUGGUAUGGAUAAUGAAGUCAACGAAUACAUUUUACGAUACAAUUGCCGAAAUCAUGGUCGUGACCAGCCUGUUUCGCUGGUUCGUGUCGAUCCACACUACCCGCCUGUAAAGACUGCUGCUAACUUAUGGCGGCGCCUCGAAGACGAACAGCUAGCAAACGAGGAAUUUCAGUGUGAGAUAGACAAUGAGAUGCAUGACGAACAAUUGCCGGAAUCAGAUGACAAAAUUUACAAGGUAACGCGUCCUGCUGAAUCUAGUGACAAAGAAGGGCAACCGCGCACUUUACCACAAGUUGUUAAAGGCAAUUCCAAACGAAGAUCCAUUCGGGCUCGUACGGCUGCAAGCACAAAGGCUUCAUCAAAACUGAGAGAUGAACGUUUGAAAAAGAUGGCUCGCUUCAAAUCGUCCGACGUGUCAGAAUACCUUGGAUUGGACAGAGUGUACCAAUUGCUAAUUCAGGAAAGAAAAUUGGAAUUGUUAUCAGCUGACAUACGUUGCGGAGAUCACUGCUCUAAUAAUGUCUUUCAUACAACUUUCGAUGGAAAAACAAAUGAUCCAAGCAAUAUGAUAAAUAGACCGUGGAAUGGUUCAGAGGUAGCUUUACUCAGACAUCUAAAGAGGUCUAUUGGCUUUAAUCCAUGCGUUUUAUCAGCAUUAAUUGCCACGCGAGACUGUUCAGAAGUCGCCGAGGUUUUGCAGGGUGAGAAUGAAACAGCGUUUGGUCUACAGGAACAAUGUUUACAACGCAAUAAUUUAUAUAAACGAAGUUAUGAGAGAAGUUCUGGGGUGCUAGGGAACAGCUUCGAGCAUUUACAGCGCACGCGGACUCAGCGGAUGAAGGACCGCGGUGCGAAUCGUGAAUAUAUUCCGUGUAACCAUGAAGGAGGAUCCUGUGAUUCAGCGCAAUGUUCAUGCAUGCGGCGCGAUCAUUACUGUGAAAAAUCUUGUGGCUGCUCUUUAGAUUGCUCCAAUCGUUUUACUGGAUGCCAUUGUGGAGUAGGUCAAUGCCGGACUACUGAGUGUCCAUGCUAUUAUGCCGCUCGGGAAUGUGAUCCUGACAUUUGUAUCUCGUGUGGUGCGAGCGAGCUUCCAAUUAUUGUGGCAGACGAGAAUUAUAAAGGAAACGCUGUAUCACAGCUUAAAAUUUGCGGAAAUGUCAACAUCAUGCGCGGUCAGAUGUGUAAAAUUGGCAUAUCUGCCUCCAAAACUCAUGGAUGGGGAGCGUUCGCUUUAAAAAAUAUAAAGAUGGGGGAAUAUAUAUACGAGUACACAGGGUCGCUACUAACUCAAGACGAAGCCGAGAGGCGUGGCAACGUUUAUGACAAAACAACAAUUAGUUUUCUUUUCGAUUUAACGGAAGACUCUGUGGUGGAUGCCACUCGCAAAGGGAAUAAAAGUAAAUUUGCAAAUCAUGACUCGAAUGAUCCUAAAUGUUUUGCGAGAAUCAUGCUUGUCAAUGGUGACCACCGUAUCGGGAUAUACGCAAAGCAAGAUAUCAAUGCUGGCGAUGAAUUGUUCUUCGAUUACGGUUACAGCGGAGUCAUUCCGGACUGGAGUCAAGCCCGUAUCGGAUCAAGCAAGGAGACGGCAUCUGUGAAACAAGAUGACAACAACGGCGUUGACGAAAAAGGCGCCAGAUUUUGA